UGGAACUCUCUGGCCUCGUUGUCGCCUUUCGGGGUCCUUCGGGAAGCCGGGGGUUGGGCCCGGCGGGGGGAACCCCGGCGCCCGGUCACCCCUUGGCGAUCCGCGAGGAACGGCAAUGAUCGGCGCUCGCUCGGGAAGGGAUGCAGAACUGCCGGCCCCGGUGUUUGCAUCGAAAUCAGCUCUGAUAGUUAGGAGUCAAAAUUAGCAGCUUGGUUUUUAAAAUUCUGUUCCUUUAUGUGGAGACUUGGCCGUAUAAGGACGGUUCUGUGCUAUGGAAACAACAGAUGACAACUGAGCUGUUCCUCAGCCCAGUUAUAGCUCAAUUAAUAUUUUUUUAAUAUUGCGAGCAGACUUCUAAUGAGGUUAUGAAACGAGCCUGUGUCACAGCUAAGUCCCACCCAUUUGCUGUGCUGCUGAGAUAGGCCACCCAUGAUUUCAUCCCAGGGAGACGGGGGGACCAGUGUAGCCCCCACCAUUGCCAUCCAGCUGCUCCAGAGGCACUCGCAGCUCUGCUUUAUCUGUCAGGUUGGGUGCCUGGUAACCUCCAAGUUUUUCAGACUUCUGACCACUAGAAAAAGAAGAAGGGCUUUUUUUUUCUUCUUCUUUCAUUUAUUCCAAGAAGCUCUGCCAAAGUGAUGUGUGUAUCUGUGAUAACUUCCUUCCAAUUCUUGCGUUUUCAGCCCUACCUGAAGAAGAUAGGUUGAGUGAGUACCUGGAAAACAUUUCUGCUAAAGCCAAACAGACUCCAGUAAACCAGGGAAAAAAUGGACUGUUGUCCAUCAGUUUACUGCUGAUGGAAAUAAUUUUUUUAUACUUGUGAAACUAUCUGUUAGAGAUACAUCUCUAUGUACUUAGAAAUAAUGAAAACAUAAAUCUGUAAAAGCUAGUAGCAUGUCCUUGCAAGCCCUGUAAAGAAGAAUGGUUGUGCUUUGAAGGUGUUGUGCUUCCUUAAGGCAGCAGGGAUUUUUUCUUAGUAUUAUCACAGACUACUAAGAUGAUAUUUCUUAAUGUCUCUUUUUGUUCUUCAUCUGUGAAAUGAUCAUAAGGUUUUUUUUCAGUCCUGGAACACAGUAUGAAUUCACCAGGGUAUAGAAGAUGCUGAAAUAGGCACUAUAGACUAUCUGAUUACUCGGUGUAUUUCAAGUGUUUUGUUGGUGAAAAUACGGAAACUGGAAGAAUAUUUUAGUCUCUCUACAGCCAUUCUUGUAAACUGCUGCUUUCAGUGCUGGUAAUGUCAUACUUGGGCCUAAGAUAUGGAAAACUGUGAUGUGGUGAAUACUGUACAAGAAAUCCCUUCAUCUUCUGCAGGCUCUGAUCUCAGAAAUACUCACAGCUCUGUUUGUAACUUGAAUUGUAACAGAAGUCCCUCAUCCAAUCCUGAUGGAGUUUCUGGUCACUCAGGGAAUACCAGGUCCUCAUUAACACCUGGAUCUGUUGAGCUGCUUACCUCUUUUAUGCAGGAUAUCCAGAAUGUUGGAAGUGCUGACUCAGAAAUUGUGAAGAAUUGUGAGACAAGGUGGCUACAGUUAUUGAGACUGAUAGAAAAACAAUGUCAGGAACAAAUAGUUGCCCAGCAAGAGCAGUUCCACCAUCAAAUCCAACUGAUUCAGGAUGAGAUAAGGCAGUUAGUGAAAUUACAGACCAGCAGCUGCCGUGCCAGCAAGAGCAGAAGUUUGCCUGCCAAGCUUCCAGACACUUUUUCAUCACCAGAAAGUCAAAUGGGAAUGCGUUCUGAAACUUUUGAAGAAAAUGAGUGCAUUGUCAACCAACUUAGAUCUAAUGAAGCAGAAAGUCAGCCACAUGCAUCCGAUCUGCAUCAGGAAUGUUUUGCAAACGAUGCUUCAAUGAAUAGUGGGUAUGGUACGCUUUCUGCCUCCGAACUGACCCCUAGCGAAUCUAACGACAGUAACAAGUGCACGGACCACACGGACAAAACUUCACAAGGACAGGGUGAUGCAGCAGUAUUGCAGAGUGAUGCAGCUGAAUCCAGUGUCCAAAAUAAAAGAGAAUUUUUCCCCCAAAAAAGAGAGGAAAAUUUUUCACCAGGAAGGAAUGAUACUUCAGUUUUUCCUGCUGAGUUUGAACAUAAAAUUGAUGAAGCUCAAUGUGGAAAAAAAACGAGUAAAUCUUUAACGUCAUGGGCACAAAAGUUGAAACAAAAUCAGCCAAAAAGAGUACAUGCUGGAGAAGUAUGUGUGAACUCUAUGCAAGAAAAUGAGCAAGCAAAGAAAUUACCACUUGAGAACACAAACCUUACUGAUGCAGCUUUGCCACCUUACACUUUUUACCUCAAUCAACCAAAUGAAAGUCCAAAUUCUUUAGUGUCUGAAGCUUCAGGACUUUCAUACUGGAAAUUAGAUGAAAAGGAGAUGUAUCACUCUUUACCAGAGAAUUUUAGAAGCGAGUUCGCUGAUAUUUUCUCCACAAAAGUAUCACCUGAUCAGUUGUCGUCAUUGAAGGAUAUUUAUCAUAAAAGACAAAGAGAGAAUAAGCAGCUGCCAGACCAGGAUUUUAUGCCUUCUUCCCAGUCAAGUCACCCACCAGAGAUCUUGACGUUGGACCCAACCCUGCAUAUGAAACCAGGUCAGCGGAACCAAGGACGCUGUUUUUUCAAUAUUCCUGAAGAGACAACUACUUUUUCUCCAGACUCUAUGGUGGAGCCCAGAAUUUCAAGUCAUUGUGACACAGACUCUUUUUCACAGACAAGUAAUUCAUCUCAGUUAGAUGAUUCUCCAAAAUAUCCUGCUAGCAGCAUAGCUGUGCAUUUGGACCUCUGGAGAAAUCACCCAUUCCAAAAUGAAAACAAGACCAGCUGUCCCUUUCCAAUGGCAUAUACGGAUGCUAGUAAUGAUAAUUUAGUCAACACUGAGGAGGAAGAAACACUGACUCUAACUCCAUCUUCUCUUAGUCAGUGUGCUGACAACAGUUUGCCAGAAUGUAGUCUUUCAGUGACAUCUGUUGAAGAUCCUGUGAUAAUGUCAAAGAUUAGGCAGAACUUGAGGGAAAAACAUGCUCGACACAUAGCUGAUCUACGAGCUUACUAUGACUCUGAGAUACAUAGCUUAAAACAGCAGCUAGAGGCAAGCCAUAAAAUUGCUGCAUCCGGAGACUUGAAGAAAAUAAAUCAAAAUCUUGUUGACAGGUGUGACGAGUUAGAUGCAGCUCUGAAUGAAGCAAGUGCUCGCAUAAAAGCCCUUGAAAAUAAGAAUAAUAUGCUAGAAAAGCAAGUGACAGAUUGGCGGGAACGCUUUUAUGCGGUCAGUAAUACUUCCAAGGUUUUGCAAGAACGUAUUGAAGAAAUGCGCACAAAUAAUAAAGAGAAGGAUAACACUAUCAGUCGACUAAAAUCAAGGCUUAAAGAUCUAGAGGAAGCAUUUGAAAAGGCUUACAAGUUGUCUGAUAAUAAAAAUACAAGGCUAAAGGAAGAAAAUAAAAUGUUUCAAAAUCUUUUAGGAGAAUAUGAGUCCCUUGGAAAAGAACAUGAAAGAGUAAAGGAUACAUUAAAUGCAACUGAAAACAAAUUGCUUGACGCAAACACACAGAUAUCUGAUCUGAAAAGGACAAUUUCAAAACUUGAAGCUCAGCUCAAGCAGGUAGAACAUGAAAAUAUGUUGAAACUUCGCCAUAUUACUGAAAGUCAUUUAAGAACCUCCUGUGCCAACAAGUUGGCAACUCCUGAUGUCAGCAGGCGAAAGUGGUUGAUACCAGGAGCAGAGUAUUCAAUCUUCACCGGCCAGCCUUUGGAAGUCCAGGAAGGUCCAAAAGAUAACAGAUUAGAAGAAACCUAUAUUCCUUCUUGGCACCAUUCUCCUCCUGAAAAAGACUCCUCACAAGAAGACUCUUCAACAAACACAAUAGAAAAGAAAGAAAAUGGGAUGUCAGAAGCACCAAUUAUAAAAGCCUUUAAAGAACUUGAAGAAGGAAAAGCAUUUAAAGAUUGGGGUACACAAACAGAAAAAGACGACACAUCAACUAAAACAUCAAAUCGACGUCAAACUGUUGGGUUUGAAACUUCUUUAGUUGCUAACCGAUCCCCAGAGAAAGCUAAAGACCAACACAGACUGAAACGGUACAGCUCCCCUUCUGGCCAGAGGUCAUCGUCCCUUCCUCCUUCCAACAGGAAAUCAAAUACUCCAACAAGAAGAGAGAUAAUGUUGGCACCAGUGUCUGUAACAUACAGCCCAAAACGAUCUCCAAAAGAAAACCUCUCUCCUGGAUUUAGCCAUUUGCUUAGCAAAAAUGAAAACACAGUGACAAGAUUUGAUAUACUUCUAGAUGACCUGGAAACUGGUCCUACAACUACUUCACAGCACAGUAAUCCAAGAAAAAAGCUCCAGUUUCUCUCACUAGAUGAUAUAGAAGGAAGGCAGCAUUCUGGUGUCAGACACAGCUCUUGUGCUGAAUCCGUCAAUACUGGAAUGAAGAAAGCAACAGCUUGGGAUGAGAGGAGUGUAGCACAAAAAUAUGAGCCAGUGCUAUCGCCUUGUGAGGGAGACUUCAAGUAUGCAGCAAGGAUUAAGUCUCUGGCUGAAACAGAGAGGCUUUUUGAUGAGCUGACUCAAGAAAAGCAACAGAUUGAGGCUGCAUUGAGUCGAAUACCUUGUUCUGGUGGAAGAAUGACCUUGCAAGCAAGAUUAAAUCAGGAAGCCCUGGAAGAUCGCUUGGAAAGGAUUAAUAGAGAUUUGGGGUCAAUACGCAUGACACUGAAAAGAUUUCAUGUUUUACGUACCUCUGCAAAUCUUUGACGAUUCUCUCUUGAAAGCAAAUAUGCUUUUUUUUUUCCUUUGCACUAAUAUGUAAUUAUGCACUCAGUAAAUGCAAAAUGUUUUGUAUUUUUAUAAACCCUCAAUAGUAGUUUUACAACCAUGUUGCCCUUUACAAACAGCAAUAUUUUAUACUUCAAACAGCCACCUAUAUUUUAAACAUAUUUUUGUUACACUUGAGAAAUCAAUGUUUAUCCUGUAUUGUAAUAUUUUUAGAAAUAUUAAUUAUUUUUAAAUAGUUAUAUUCAAUUUAUAAUAAGAAUAAGAAACUAAAAGGCAGCUUUUUUUCAGAAAAUGAUAGUGUUAUCCUUUUGCACUUCAUUUUCCUCAUCAUUUUAUAAAUAUUUAUGGUAUGAUGUAAAUAUUAGCCGAUAGGAAAUUUUGAACUUUAAUACAAAAACCAACCUGUGCUAAAGAUAACUACUGUGAUAUGGUAAAUCCUUUUAAUUUAAAACUUAUGACAUGCAUAUUUUUCAUUGUGACAAAACUGUGAGCAAUACUUUCCUUGUGGCUGGCUGGCUGCAAAUUGCUGUGUGUUUUGCUAGUUCGGUUGCUGCUGGCUGUGUUAGGAAAAUACUCUCUAAAUUAUUUGGUGUCGUCUCCCAACAGUCACAGUGAGUAACAUUCUGAUCCCGCACGGAGCAGGAUUCACAAGAUUGACAGCAGCCGUCCUGUCUCCCAGUGAGCAACUCGACUCCAGCUGACGCUCCAGGACUGUAACUACUUAACCAAAGUUACUGUUUUAAUAUGCCAGGCUGUGUUUUGUGCCAUGCCAGUGUUCUGAUCGCGUACGUUUCCAAAUCAAAUCCAAGCUGUAUUUGUGAACAUACAUGCAUUUUUUUCUUGGUGAAAAAUACAUAUUUGCUAGUUGGCAUAUUGCUGAAUUACUGUCCAACAUUGAUACUUUAGUUUGUAUUUUAAUAUUCAAUAAAUGUUUAAUUAGAUUCUUUCCUCCUGCCCAAGAACAAUAAUAGGUUCUGGGAUAUUACAUCAGCGAUAAUGUAGGUUUUAAUCAUAUUGUGUGUUUCAAAUUCUGCCCUCGUUCAAGAUGUUUAGCCACCAAUGAUGUGAUUAUAAGGCCAGAAUAGCUGUCAUAAAGGAAGUUUAUGAAGGUCUGAUUCUAAAAUUAGAGGGCUGUGUUUUGAGAGAUUUGAUGAAGAACCAUCUUACCCAGGCACAGUCUUUAAAAAAAAAAAAAAAAAUUUUUUUUGCAGCCACUUCUGCCUUGUGGGUUCUUUUAAUACAAGAUCAGAGCUGGGGAGAAGUUGAGGAUGUUGGUUACUCAUUUUCCCCUUUACUCUAAAAUGCAGAAAUUUGGCCUGAAUGCUUGGAGCUAACUUGUUCAAAUAUACUUCCAGGUACAAGAACAGCAGUACAAUUUUGCUGGUAUUCCAUAUUCUUACUUGUCAUUUUUACUCAGAAGGGGUUGAGGGAGGAAAAAAAGAAUCUUGACUUUUCCCACUGUUUUAAGUUAUUAACAGGUACAGUUUCAAAAGGAAAAAUCUUGUUGGCUGAAUGUUACAUCACAGGAAAAUAUGAGUUCACUAAUGGUCUUGUUUUCUUUCAUCAGCACUACAGCAAAACCAAACAAUUCUUUUUCCUGACAGACAUUAGAAAGAAGGAGGUAAAUCAGUUUGGCUAUUUCACAGCCUUUCCUUAUAACCUCUCUUUAUCUCCACUCCAUUCUUUCCAGUGCUAUUCAUAUUAAUGUACUCUUUUUUUAUUACAUUCAGAAAACUGA